AUGGAGUUCUCGUCCUCUUCCUCCUCCGAUGCGGAGCUAGAAGAGGAGCUGCAUCGGAACUUCCACCGUGAGCAAAGAGAGCAACGUGGUAUUGUCCGCGCAUCCUCAUCGCCCAACAGCUACCAAACUAUGAGCUUCCCGAUGCCUGAUGGUCGAUCAAUCGAGGUUCGGAAAGGCUCCAUCUACAUUCCCUUGCGUGACAUGUACGUUCACGUGCUGCAGGCGCGCCGGUGCCCAGAGCGGUGGUUUGGCGACGGACGUGUGCCCCUUCGGCGACGCCGCCCACUACCGGCAGAUGUGGUAGUGUUACAACGGGUAACGGAGGCAGCAGCAGCUGGCCGAGGUGGCAGUACUCCUCGUCCGCUCGUCAGCGUGACGCUGAGGGAGGCGACUGAUAACGACUUUUUCAUUUUCAAGGAGGUUCGAUCACGAAAGGCUGAAGGGGAUGCUGGCGAAGUCGCCGCCCCUAUUAUCAGGAUCGCUCCUUUUACGCCACAGAAACGCCAGAACAGCUGGCACGAUCCUCUUACUGACACGCGCUUUCAACGCAUGACGUUCCUAUCCCGUUGGCAUUUCUCUAUGGCCUAUCCGCGAUUGCUGAGAGAGUAUCGGUACGACACGUGGGACGCCAUCGAGCUUUCCCCUCCACUUCACAUGGAAGACGUGUGCUGCUACGAUGAUUUGCUGGGCAUCUUAUGGUGCCUAAGUGGGCGGGAUGGGCGUCUGUGCUACUUGCGAUACGACAACAACGCUGUCACCACUACUCGCAGCACCGCCCUCACGUCGGUCUGCGUUACCACGGUCGAUGUGACCACUGCGCAGCGGUGUGUCGGAAUAUACUGUAAGCAUGAAGGGUCUCCGUCGUACGACGCAGCCGGUGGUGAUUACCAGGAAGCAAACAGCUGCGUGUGCUGCCUGCUCGUGGUCACCGCCUCCCACGCUCUGUGCGUACGUCUCGUGUACACCUGGGGUAAUAAGUUUACAGUAGACCACGUGUUGUCGACACUGAAGGUGGAAUCGGUUCUCUCCAAGCCCUUGCAACUGGCAAAUGUGACGUGCUGCUGCCCCGGGAACGCGGAAAAGCCGCCUGGUGUACCGCUGUCCUCCAGCACCAACGACAUGUCCUUUUGCGUUGGUGCUGGGCGAAGUGUGUUUGCGUUCAUCUGGCGGAAUGGUCAGUGGCGCAGAGUGCGCCUCGCCUCGUUUGUGGUGACCGACGUAACUGCCUUGACUCUCCACGCCGCGUUUGGGCAUUCCUCGCUGCCUGUUGCUGUCGUCGCUGGCAUGCGCAACGGAACGAUUCAAGUCGUUACCGCAGAGGGGCGGCUGCACAACAAGGUCAUCUUCGACCCCACACCUCGACACUGUGGGUCUGAUAUUACCUCCAUGUAUGCAGUACCAGGUCUCGCCUACGGAGUCGUCUCUGUCGCUCGCGAUGGCGGGGCGAAGCUCUGGGAUCUGCGUCGCCUCGGGUCUGACAAAAACCCUGUGUGCACCUUGCUCACCUCGCGCCUCGGCGGUGGUCAGUCAGGAGUGGGUAGUACUGCCAUGGCCGGCCAUCUUCUGGCUGUCUCCUCCGUCUCCACGGGGCUUGUGUGCGUGGACGCUCAAACGGGUACUCAACUGCUGCACACAACGAAAAAGCUGUCCCCAGCAACCCGGAUUGCAUUUGGGUCUCUCAGCAAUGUCGACGACAACGAUGGCUUUGAGCUCUACACCUUCAGUCCACACUACACACAGCGCUUUCACCUUCACCUGUAA